AUGGAUGAAUUCGACGAAAAUGGCUGGGCACAUGUGCAUCAUGCCGCGUACAAUGGGUAUUAUAAAAGUGUUAAUCGCUUUAUAAAGUCACGGGAAGACCAACUGGAACUAGAAACGCAAGAUGGACAACAACUAACCCCGCUUCUGUUAGCCUGUAUGAACGGGCACGUCGAGACUGUACAACUUCUCGUCGAGGAGUUGCACGCUAAUCUGAAAGCCAAAGAUCGUCAUCUAUACGGAGCUGUCGAACUAGCAGCGUCAAAGAACCACAUUAAAGUCCUGGAGUAUCUUUUGAAUCUGAACAGUCCCGAUCUUCAAGUCUGGAACAAUUUGAUUAAGGGACUGUCCCAAAGCGAGUUAGAAACUUCCUGUGCAAGAGCUCUCGUGGAACUUACAACUGAAGAAAAUGCUGAUUUAUACUUAGAAUCUUUCCUGAAAGCUGGAGGUGUUCAAGCGAUUGUCGGAUUAUUGAAAAAUGCCUUGUCAAGUGAGGAAUCGAAGGUGUUUGCGUUGUCAGUGCUGCUUAACGUGGUAAGACACCCAGCUGGAAGUGAGCAAUUAACUAUUUGCAGAUCAGUGCCGCCAAUUAUUCUACAACUGAACGAUACACCGAGAGAUUUGUACCUACCAGCUACAAGGCUUCUCGAAGCACUGGCAUACUGUGAAGAGAAUAAAGAGGCCAUGAUUAGUAAUGGAGGUAUUGAUUCUUUAGUGAGGUUACUUCAGUUCAGUGAUGACGAAGAAGUUGUAGAAUCGGCUUUGAGUACUUUGAGAGUCUUAUCAAGUUCAAAUGCAGAGAUACAAACUUCUGUUGGAAGCAACAAGGACAUCUGGAAGUCCUUAGUUAACCUACUGACUGCGAUUAAGAACAAGCAUGUGUUAUCGGCAGUAGCCAAGACAGUGAGUGCCCUUGUUUCUGAACACACAAGCAACCAGAAUGCCUUUGUUGCUGAAAAUGGUGUGCAGCCUUUGAUGGAACUUAUGCGUGUAAAAUCCAGAGAAUGCCAGUUUGCUGCAGUAGAAGGGAUUCAUGCUCUCGCAGAAGGUAAUGAGGGUAAUCAAAGUAUUGUAACAGAACAUGGCUGUGUCAUGGUGUUAAUGAGGUUGCUCAAGCGAUCAAGAGAAGCGGAUCUUAGAACAAGGACUGCAGGAGCCCUAUGGGCUAUUGCUGGAGCAAAAAAUGCCCAAAGACGGUCAAUUGCUGCUGAAAUAGGCAUCAAUUUGCUCAUUGAGUUUCUCUCUGAGAAUUUACCUGAAAGCUUACACUUCAUUGGUUCUGAGGCAUUGGGUGUGCUUGCUUUGGGUGUGAGAAACAAGAGAGAUGAAAUUGCCAAGGCAAAUGGUGUUAUGCCUUUAGUUCGUCUUUUGGGAAAAGCUAACACGCCAGCGUAUAUUGUUCUCAGUGUGCUGCAGACAUUACGUGCACUCUGUCUCUGUCUAGGGUUCAGACCUCAUGUCCAAAAUCAGGAGGCAGUGACCAAAGAAGGUGGUCUUAAAUUCUUGAUCAGGUACAUGGUUCAAGCCCGUCAAGACAUCAUCAAAGUUGAGGCUGCGUACACACUGGGCUGUGUGUGUUUGAGUAAUAAUGCUAACAUGAAAGCUGUCUUAGAUCACAAAGAUUUCAGCUUUUUACACAUGCUAAGACAACUUUAUGAUGAAGAUGAAGAGGUCCAUCUUUUGGCAGGAGCCGCACUUACUGUGUUUGCUUAUAACAAUGUUACAAAUCAAAAAAAUAUUGCCAUGUCUGGUGGUGUAAGGUACAAUGCCUUUCUCCCAUUUUUGGAGUCCAAGAGUGAGAAACAGUCAACGCAUGCCGCUUUUCAAGUAGUGGUAUUAUCACGGAUCAUUCCAGAUGAAGAUCAGUCACUAACAUCUGCCACAGGAAUAAAGCUGUUAGUCUCGCAUCUCAACUCAAUCAAUGAAGACAUUCAAACAGCUGCAGCAAACUUCAUUGGUGGCCUUGCCCAUACAAGAGCUGGCAUCCCAGGUGCGAUCAUCUCCAUCGGAACAAUUCCCUUAUUAGGGAAACUCUUGAUGUCCCAGUAUGAAACUGUUCAGGCAGCAGCCUCUGUUGCCCUUGGUUAUCUCAGCUAUGACAGUAUAGGUGAGAGGCAGCUCCUAGGGGUGUGUCGUCAUGAUCCCUUUCUCUAUGAAGUUAUUCAGUUUCAUGCGGGAAAGGUCAAGCUGUCACCUCAGUUUGUGGAGAGAUGGCAACACUGCAAGAUGAUUGGUCUUCCGCCCAUCACGUGAGUUUUCUUAUCUUGUACUGGGUGUGGCCCAGGAGGUGCUCAAAUAUGAUUAUCAUGGGGAGGUGCACAUACAUUUUGAGGGUUUGUGAAAUGUGGGAUGCAAGGAUAUUUGGGGUAAAAAAUGUAGUUUCCCUAGGUUUCUGGGAAGAUUCUAUUACUAGCAGUUACCAUGUUUAGGAAUUCGAAGUGCGGGUGAACAUGUGGGUUAACCUUAGAGAUGUGAUUGAUUAGAACCGCUUUCAUAAUUGCAUGUGAAUUUAGUUCCAGUGUCAAAAAAAGAAAAUGCUGAGGAACAUGCACGAAGAAACUGAAUUGAACAACACAGAAACAAUACUCAUAUUUAAUUCAAUGAUUUCAUUCAGAGAAUCUUAGAUACAAUUAGCCUGCGAAUGAUGAGGAGUGUGGAGAGAAAGCUAUAUUCACAUUGAAAGAUACAAUUAAAACAGUAAUGUAUGACACAAUGUAUACAGUCACGACUGCACCAAGUCUUAUUUAAAUAUUCAAUCAGUCAUUCAAUCAAUCCAUGUUGAAUAACCAAAGGCCGUUGAUAUGCAAAAGAAAAUAGUGAAAAAAUCUUAGUUUACCACUGGAGUUUGAAGCUUAUUGAAACUUUCAGAGGACACAUACUUGGAAAUGUAAGCCUAUAAAAAUGCAAAAACCAUGCGCUUGAGUGAAACCUGAAUAAACUCAAGUUACAUGGAUUUCAAGACUUUGCGAACACUCAUAUCUUACCAAUAACUCAUCCUGCACUAAGCUGAGAUCAGGCUCUACUUUCAUUUUCCUGGGUAAAUGGAUUCCCGGCUGGCAAGGCGAAUUGAAAAGUCUCAUAUUUGGUACAGAACUGUGUGCUUGCAAAUCGAACAAUGAUUCUUGCCUGUGCAUUGACGUGAUUACUGUGGCAUCAGACGGACCUUACACUCAACACCAUGUAUAUUAGUCGGUACAACAUGAGUAUCCCAAGAAUGUGGACAGAUUAGGGAAAAACCCCGCUAUACAUUUCAUAGAGUACCGCUGACCAAGGAUAGGCUGCGGGUUCAUUCAUGCUUGUCUUAAGAAAUUUUUCACAUAGCACCCCUAUUAGAAUCUUGUUUUGUCAUGUGAAAGCAUGAACUGUCAACAACUCUGUUUCUCAAUUUUUUUGGUUAGUAAAAAUCCUUUUUCUAAUAUUUUGGCAUUUUUAGGAAGAAGACUGACCAGUUGCUUUCUGUGGAAAAGAAAAUGGUAACAGCACACUUUGCCCUAGAUGCAGAGCAGGCAUUCACCAUAGCAAGCACUAACGAGUCACCUGGAGGUAUGGCAUCAGAUGGAAUGCCAGAAAGAAAGAUAUCUGCUUCUACAAGUCUAAGAACUGGCACAGUACUUCGCCUUCCAAUAGCAUGAUGUUACAUUAUUCUAUAGUCUGCAUGGAGUUAACAGGAAUGUAUAAGUGGAAGAGAUUCUCUGGCCAACAUUCCAAACUCUACAGGUCAGGAAGUGCAAUUUUCAGCAUUUUCUACUAGGAAUAAUGGUGGAUGUAGAAAGGAAGACAAGGAAACACCCUUUGUACUCUACCUGGUUUCCAGUUACAGCAUUGUACAAAAAAGCGCUUUCAUUGAGCACUGAAUUCUUUGGUACAAUGUUAUAUAUUGAGGGCAAUAAAGAAGUUAUAUUGAUUAUAGUCAAACUUUGUUAAUACACACUUCAAAAGGACAGAUUCAGGUAACUGUAUUAUGAUUGAAUCUAACACUGUAUGUGCACUCUUGACCAAGCGAGAGGUCAAGGAGGGUGGAUAUUGGCUAAGUACAUUUUUUGGCAUUUUUAUGGACUGAGACUGUUUAAUAAUGUAAUGUAGAGGUAUGAAUUGUGUGAAUGAACUUGUUAUCUUUGAGAACAAGAGCACUGUCCAUUAAAGAGCAAAGUCUGUAUUACAGAGAAGUCUAUAAGGAAACAUUCGACCAUGAUCAAUGCAAAACAGUAUUGUGAAGAGUUUUGUAAAGUGUGGUUGCUUGUUUGAGA